ACUUUUCUGAGAGUUCAGUUUGUCCCAGAACGUCGAGCAAAGCAGAAGCGUUUUUCAGUUUCCAAAUUCUGAAAUAUAACGAAAUAAUAAUCAGAAAAUAAAAGCCAAAUACAGAACGUCAUGGAGAAGUCAACGCGGCCCAAGCGAAAUCGUCGUCACAGCAGACGCGCAUGGCCCCCGGAGGACGAGCUGCAGCCGCCAACGCGAGCCACCAAGCGGCUCUUCACGCCCGACAUCAAGAGGAUGCUCAAGGACUGGCUGAUCCGGCGCCGGGAGAAUCCGUAUCCCAGCAGGGAGGAGAAGAAGCAGCUUGCGGCGGAGACCGGAUUGACCUACACCCAGAUCUGCAACUGGUUCGCCAACUGGCGCAGAAAGCUGAAGAACUCGGAGAGGGAGAAGGCGAAGAAGUCGUGGGGUCACCUCAUCAAGAACUACAACCACAACGCGCGUGGCAACGUGGAGCAGUUCAGCAUCUCGUCGGAGGACAGUAUUUGGGAGGAGGAGAUGCGCUCGAGUCCUGCGGAGGACGACGAGGGCGACGACGACGACGAGCUGUCCAGCCACAGCACUGGCAGCGAUGGCAGUGCCAACAACGAGUCCUCAUCUCCGUACAAGCCUAACUUCUACGUGGAGUCAGCGGAUACGCCCGAGCGGAUACCCACGUUGCCCGAAGUCCAGGUGGCGGGCAGGGCGAAGUACAAGCACCAGAUGAUGGAAAAGUACUUGCGGGACAGUUCCUCCGCGGGGGAGGCCACCCAUUCGGGAACGCAGCUCAACAAGUGGCUAGAAAGCGCAGCCAAGUUCACGCCAGACAGGAACAACUACCACAUCGAGUGGAAUAUGAGCAGGCAGAAAAGCAGCAGCAUGGCCACUGCUCCGAGCCAAGUGAUCUUCACUAGCGACGCCACGGCAGCAGCACGCAGUGACCGCUGGGAGCUGCAUCACAAGGACGAACUGGACGCCGCAGAGGCCUUGGCCAACCUGGCCUUCAACUGCAGACAGCGCUGGCACCAGCACACCACGAUCAGCUCCUGAGCGGCACAAGCGAAGACUCCACAACUGACGCCAUCAUUCCAGCAGAAGUUCUAGGCCCCGUUGGAAAGUGCAAUCUAGUCAUAUGGGCUUUCUCUGGUUUUCACAUUAUCGCAUUGAAAUCCAGAUUUCGCCGAAUAGUUAACAUUAGCAGCUAGUUUACAUUGAAAGACAAUGAUAACAUUUUUGAUUUUCUUGUUA